AUGGCUUCUCCCCGUCCACACAACUUCGCUCCCCAAGGCUAUCCUCUUCCUAACGGUGCUGCGCCGGCUGGUCCUGUUCCAGGAGCUGCACCUCUCCUUCCUAACAAUGGUAGAAUUAUCCAAAACGGCCCCGUCAGGAUACUGUGCAUUGCAGAUGUGAGAGGAAACCUUAGUUCUCUGAAUGAGUUGGCCAAGCAGGCUCGUGCAGAUCAUAUCAUCCACACCGGUGAUUUUGGGUUCUACGACGACACCUCACUGGAGCGCAUUGCGGACAAAACCCUCAAGCAUGUAGCACAAUAUUCGCCACUUCUCCCGGAUCAUGUCAAGCGAGCGAUCGCCCAAGUUCCUCCUCAGCAAUCCAUCAGACAACGAUUUACCCCCGAACAGCUACCGCUUUCGGAACUCCCUCUCCUCCUCGAUAAGCGCCUCACCCUCGACGUUCCUGUAUAUACCGUCUGGGGCGCCUGUGAGGAUGUCCGGGUGCUGGAAAAGUUCCGUUCUGGGGAGUACAAGGUUGACAAGCUGCACAUUAUCGAUGAGGCAAACUCAAGAUUACUGGAUGUGGGCGGUAUCAAACUCCGUCUGCUAGGACUGGGGGGUGCGGUGGUGAUGCACAAGCUUUUUGACAAUGGAGAGGGGAAGACUACGAUCGCUGGUGGCCAGGGCACCAUGUGGACGACCCUACUCCAGAUGGGUGAAUUGAUCGACACAGCGAACCGUGUCUACGAUCCAUCCGAGACACGCUUAUUCAUCACCCAUGCUUCUCCUGCUCGCGAGGGAAUGCUGAACCAGCUUUCCGUCACCCUGAAAGCCGACUUCUCCAUUUCUGCCGGCCUUCACUUCCGUUACGGGUCGUCCUACAACGAGUUCUCUGUCAAUCCCACUCUUGAUCACUAUCGUGGCAAGCUGGCUGCUUCUAAAGCUUCCUUCAAUGAUGUCUGGGAGACUGUCCGGGGUGAAGUCGAGGCUGCAAUUUCUUCCAAUGAUGCCCAAAAGACCUUGUUGGAGAAUGCCCUCGAUGUGGUGCAGAAGAUGCCAUCAGUUGCCAAUGGUGGUAACCCGUUCGGUGGACCGGUCACCGCAGGAAAUGCUGCUGCUGGCCAGGUUGACGAAAGCGCCUUCAAAAACAUGUGGAAUUUCAACCUUGCGGAUGCCGCUUUUGGGUAUCUGGUUCUUGAGAUUGAGGGUGGACGUAUAGCUACUGAAAUGCGUGCCCAAGGUUUCAACUUCUCUCACCGGACUGGAAAGCCUCAGCCUGCUGUAGCCGCUCCGGCCAAUGUACCUGUUUCCGGCGGGCUUCCAACCACUUCCACAGUUGCAGGCGGUCCUAAUCGCGCCCCGGUUGCUCCUCAAUUUGGCCAAGGUCAAGCACCUCGUACUCCUGUACCCGCCCAGCAACCAACUCAAGCGAAAGGACAGACAGCUGCUCCCACGAACGAAACCCCAGCUCCUGUGAUCCCUAAGCCCGCAACUCCUCAGCCCCCUGCUCCUGCAGAUCAGCAAUCUCCAGAGAAGGCUGCCCCUGCAGCAGCAAACGGCACCGCACAGCUGGAGAAAGCCCCGGAAGCCGGUGCACAGAAAACGGAGAAGAAGCAGAGUAACGGACUCUUCAUAUCGAAUGUGGACAAUGAGCAGGCCGUUCGGGAUCUCUUCCCAGAGGAAGACAAGGCAAAGAUUGUAAAGGUCGAGAAAUGGGGCAAAUAUAACCAUGUUGUUACCUUUGGUUCUCCUGAUGAGGCCAAGGCCGCUCUUGAUCGUCAACCCGCAGAACACAAAAAGCAAAGCCCGCCUGGACAGCCCCGCAAGCCCAACUUGAAAUUCUUCGAGGACCGCGGCCACCGUGGCCAAGGCAACGCUGGUACAUGGCAAGCCAGCAGCCGAGGUGGAGCCAACGUAGCUCGGGGCGGAUACCAAAGCGGAGGUGCCAGUGACAGCGACACAGGUCGGGGUGGUCGUGGGGGUUAUCGAGGCCGUGGCCGUGGCAGUGAUCGUGGUCGAGGUGGCCGCGGACGCGGCGGUUUCAACAAGGGAACUGCAAGUUCAGACUCACCCGCUCCAUCAUCGACACCUGUGGGAGACAAACCCGCAACGACUAGCGGGGAGUCCUAA